UGUGUCAUCCGCCAUUUUGUGCGAAGCAAGGUGGCCUCCACGUUCCCCAAGCGUCUUCUCCGCUUCUGUCUCGACCGCCCCUUGAUCACAGACAUGUCUCGGGAUCGGUUCCGGAGCCGCGGCGGUGGCGGUUUCCACCGGCGCGGAGGAGGCGGUGGCCGUGGCGGCCUCCACGACUUUCGCUCCCCUCCGCCUGGCAUGGGCCUCAAUCAGAACCGCGGACCCAUGGGUCCCGGCCCGGGCCAGGGUGGCCCCAAACCCCCUAUCCCGCCACCGCCUCCGCACCAGCAACAGCAGCAGCCACCGCCACAGCAGCAGCCGCCACCACAGCAGCCACCGCCGCCGCUUCAGCCGCCGCAUCAGCAGCCGCCACCACAUCAACAGCCGCCACCGCAUCAGCAGCCGCCACCGCCACAGGACUCGUCCAAGCCCGUCGUUCCUCAGGGACCCGGCCCGGCUCCUGGAGUAAGCAGCGCUCCGCCGGCCUCCGGCCCGGCACCGCCCGCCACUCCCCCGACCUCUGGGGCCACCACCGGGCCAGGCCCUAUCCCGACCCCGCCGCCCGCUGUCACCACGGCGCCCCCCGGGGCGCCCCCGCCUGCGCCGCCGAGCAGCGGAGUCCCCACCACCCCACCUCAGGCUGGGGGUCCGCCGCCUCCACCCGCAGGGGGCCCGAUCCCAGGGCCUAAGCAGGGCCCAGGACCCGGAGGCCCCAAAGGCGGCAAAAUGCCAGGCGGGCCGAAGCCCGGCGGUGGCCCGGGCCUAAGCACUCCUGGUGGCCAUCCCAAGCCGCCGCACCGAGGAGGCGGGGAGCCCCGCGGAGGCCGGCAGCACCACCCACCCUACCACCAGCAGCACCACCAGGGGCCCCCGCCCGGUGGACCCGGUGGUCGCAGCGAGGAGAAGAUCUCCGACUCUGAGGGGUUUAAAGCCAACUUGUCUCUGUUGAGGAGACCUGGAGAGAAAACUUACACUCAACGUUGUCGGUUGUUUGUUGGGAAUCUACCUGCUGAUAUUACGGAGGAUGAAUUCAAAAGACUGUUUGCUAAAUAUGGAGAACCAGGAGAAGUUUUUAUCAACAAAGGCAAAGGAUUCGGAUUUAUUAAACUUGAAUCUAGAGCAUUGGCUGAAAUUGCCAAAGCUGAACUUGAUGAUACACCCAUGAGAGGUAGACAGCUUCGGGUUCGCUUUGCCACACAUGCUGCUGCCCUUUCUGUUCGAAAUCUUUCACCUUAUGUUUCCAAUGAACUGUUGGAAGAAGCCUUUAGCCAGUUUGGUCCUAUUGAAAGGGCUGUGGUAAUUGUGGAUGAUCGUGGAAGAUCUACAGGGAAAGGCAUUGUUGAAUUUGCUUCUAAACCAGCAGCAAGAAAAGCAUUUGAAAGAUGCAGUGAAGGUGUUUUCUUACUGACAACAACUCCUCGUCCAGUCAUUGUGGAACCACUUGAACAGUUAGAUGAUGAAGAUGGUCUUCCUGAAAAACUUGCACAGAAGAAUCCAAUGUAUCAAAAGGAGAGAGAAACUCCUCCUCGUUUUGCCCAGCAUGGUACUUUUGAGUACGAAUAUUCUCAGAGAUGGAAGUCCUUGGAUGAAAUGGAGAAACAGCAAAGGGAGCAAGUUGAAAAAAACAUGAAAGAUGCAAAAGACAAAUUGGAAAGUGAAAUGGAAGAUGCCUAUCAUGAACAUCAGGCAAAUCUUUUGCGUCAAGAUCUGAUGCGACGUCAGGAAGAAUUAAGACGAAUGGAAGAACUUCACAAUCAAGAAAUGCAGAAACGUAAAGAAAUGCAAUUAAGGCAAGAGGAGGAACGACGUAGAAGGGAAGAAGAGAUGAUGAUUCGUCAGCGUGAGAUGGAAGAACAAAUGAGACGCCAAAGAGAAGAAAGUUAUAGCCGAAUGGGCUACAUGGAUCCAAGAGAAAGAGACAUGAGAAUGGGUGGUGGAGGAGCAAUGAACAUGGGAGAUCCCUAUGGUUCAGGAGGCCAGAAAUUUCCACCUUUAGGUGGUGGUGGUGGAAUAGGUUAUGAAGCUAAUCCUGGAGUUCCACCAGCAACCAUGAGUGGUUCCAUGAUGGGAAGCGACAUGCGUACUGAGCGCUUUGGGCAGGGAGGUGCGGGGCCUGUGGGUGGACAGGGUCCUAGAGGAAUGGGGCCUGGAACUCCAGCAGGAUAUGGUAGAGGGAGAGAAGAGUAUGAAGGCCCAAACAAAAAACCCCGAUUUUAGAUGUGACAUCUAGGCUUUCAUUCCAGUUUGUUUUUGUCUUUUCUUGUUUAGAUACCUAUCUUUUAAAUUCUUGCAUUUUAGUAAGAAAGCUACCUUUUUAUGGAUGUUAGCAGUUUAUUGACCUAAUAUUUGUAAAUGGUCUGUUUGGGCAGGUAAAAUUAUGUAAUGCAGUGUUUUGAAACGGAAUUUUUUUUCCUUUUUA